AUGGCUCAAUCCAUGGUUGCUUGUAGAUAUACGCCUCCCUCAUUCAGCACCUUUCCGAUCUUGAAAUUACCACCUAUACAACCACCAUUAGCAUUCAGAAGUUCUACCAAGAUGAUGCCUUUGAAAAGCGGUGCCACUAUCACCUCCCUUGACGACAGUAACGAUAAGAACAAUACAAAAACAAGGAAGUUGCCGAUACUGCUAUUCGAUGUCAUGGACACCAUCGUCCGAGACCCUUUUUAUCACGAUAUCCCCGCCUUCUUCGGUAUGUCUAUGAAGGAACUUCUAGAAUGCAAGCAUCCUACUGCCUGGAUAGAGUUUGAAAAGGGUCUUAUUAAUGAGAUGGAGCUAGCUAGAAAAUUUUUCAAAGAUGGAAGGUCAUUUGAUUUGGAGGGCCUCAAAAGCUGUAUGAGAAAAGGAUAUUAUUAUAUUGAAGGAGUUGAAGAAUUACUUCAAGCUUUAAAGAAAAAUGGAUACGAAAUGCAUGCUUUCACUAAUUACCCCAUCUGGUAUAAAAUAAUUGAGGACAAGCUAAAACUAUCAUCUUACUUGUCCUGGACAUUCUGUUCAUGUAUAAUGGGAAAGAGAAAGCCUGAUCUUGAUAUUUACUUGGAUGUUUUGAAGCACCUGAAGGUUGAGCCGGCAAAUUGUGUUUUUGUUGAUGACAGGAUGAGAAAUGUAGAGGCAGCUAUUGAUGCUGGCUUCAUCGGUCUUCAAUUCAAGAACGACAUAAAUGGUCCGAUGGAAUGGGAAGUCGCAAGAGCAAAUAUUGGACAGCAAUUUGCCAAUUCACAGCCAACUAAUGGUGGAAAUGAACAACGUGUAGUGCGGCGCUUUCUUUCCCAACCUACUGAUGGUGCUAGACAAACAGGGUUUGGUGGUUCGACGUCCUUCGUGCCAAAACCAAGAACCAAUUUCAAUAGGAAGGCAUCUGUACCUCAGCGAAGGCCAAGAGCUAGUGGAAGUUUGAACUCAACUCUUAGCGAAGCAUGGAAGAACUUGAUGACGAAUGACGCGGGUUGA